AUGUCAUAUCCUGUUCUGAACAUGGCUGGAAAUAAGGCUGAUAUCAGGUUGAGGCACACCUGCAUCUACGGAGUCAACACUCCCGAAGUACAGAAAAUUUCCAAGGCAUCUCAGCAGACCAGCACGGCAGACCAUUGCCCUCCGUCAGCAUCAUCCCUCUAUGAUCGAGACAGGAAUUGUGUGAUCAGUCAGAACUCCGGGCAGCUUGUAAACACGGCACACUCGGCUGUUCCGACCCGGUUGGUCUCAAUAUCAGAUGAAUAUUGUCUCGGAAUCCCCUCUUCCCUGGUGCGGACCUUGGUUGAAGUGUAUUAUUCACACGUCUACAAUGCUUCUCUACUGUUGCAUAAGAGAUCAUUUCUUGAAGCUCUUGCUUCCGGCACAGCUCGACCUCAUGUUGUUCUGAGUGUUUGUGCAUGGGCCUCGAAUUUUUAUCGCGACCACAAUGAUGAAGCUACCCUCAAAGAUCAUGGCUUUAGCACAGAAUGGGCCGAGCGGGCAGGGAAACUCGUGUUUCAAGAGGUCGAGAACCCACAUGGGGACAGCAUUGUGACGUUCAUGAAUCUUGCACUUUUCUGGUAUAGUCAAGGGUUAUGGCGAAGGUCGUACAUACACAAAGGAAACGGGACCCAAACGGCCUAUCUCCUUGGUUUCGGAACCGAAAGACCGAAUGCCGACGAUUCGUGGGAAUCAGAAGUAUGUCGUCGACGUUUCUGGUCCUGUUAUCUUAUGCACUGCCAUGCCUCGGAGUCCUUGUUUGCACUUGAAGCAGGGGAGACGGUUUUGAAGCUCGCAUUGCCGUGGCGUGAAGAGGACUUCGAUGCUGGCAUUCCAACACGUCCCAAAGCCACGCUGGAUUCCGGUCCCAGCAAUGGCGGCAUCUUCUGUGAAUUGGUCAAGGCUUUAACAUUUUGGCACGUGCUAUCUUUCGUGAACAGCUUGGUCAAAUCUCCCGAAUCCAGCAUCAGCACCAGAGUCACCGCCAUCCACGCGCUACACGAUCGCAUAUCAGACUGGUGGGACAAAAUUCCGGCCUCGCUACGAAUGACACCGUCCUCCAUAUGCGGAGUCCCCCAAGAUGCUCUUCCUAACUUGCUCCUCCUCCACAUCGUCCACCAUCAGUGUCUUUGCGCUCUACACUCCUCAAUCGUACCUCUGUUCUGCUGGAGCCCUGGAGACAACAGCUGGUUAUCGGCUCGCCAGUUCUCGGCUCAGGUGGCAUACGAGCAUGCGUGUGCAGUAUCUGCGCUGAUCGACUCGGUCAUCGCAAACUAUCCUAGACUCGGAGCGAUACCGAGUUUCGUCUCGUAUGCUGCGUACUGCGGCUGUGCCAUCCAGAUUCCCUUCAUGUGGAGUUCGGAUUCGUUGAUCAGGGAGCGAGCGCAUGCCAAUGUCAAGGCGAAUGUCCAGAUGAUUCACACGUUGGCAAAGUAUUGGAAAUUCUCGGCGUUACUGGAAAUCCAUGUCCGAUACCUUUACAAAAUCCACGCGCGAAAUCCAAUAGUCCUCGAGAACGAACCUCAGUUCAUCGACGCCAAGAAAUUGACAAGUUUUAAAAUCAACGCCGUGUAUGCGCGCGAAUCGAUUCUCGGCCACAAUCGUAUCCUCUGGACUAGAGGGAAUGGGUAUGCGAAACAGGGAGAGGAAGUGACAGAUUUGGGGAUCGAAGGCGAGAAUGAUGCGCAGUCCUCCAAUUCCAUGACGGCGACGACGGGGCAGGAUGGCACAAGAACCAUUAGACCGCAACCUCGGGUACCCUCCCCUUCUUCAACCACCUUGCACCCUUCGUAUUCAUCCACAUUCCGUCAAGAAUCAGCACCAGCUCCGCCUCCAUCCAUCCCUCCCGGGCCCGGCUCUGAAGAUCCUUACUCCCAACGUCCGACUGCAUCCAUACAACCUGAAGUCUACCCCCCGGAAAUGCACACGAUCGAUUUCUUCCGCCCAUUCCUUGACCCGGAAAUGCUUGACCUGUUCCCUCACGGCGAGGUACGGGAUUUCUUGCACUUGGACACCAGUCCGUUGAGUUUGGAUUUUUUCGAUGCCUGGGCGCCAGAGGGUAGGUCUUCGGCGGCGGUCUCUGCGCCUGAGUUGGGAGGGGGAGGGCAAUAA